UUCAUCCCACACAGGCACUCCAAGAUGCUUUACUAAAAGGAGCUACUCCCUCCAUGAACAUGCCAAGAGCUGAGCGCCUUUGCGCUACUCCGCAGCGCAGCCUCCGGGGAUCUGACGGGGAAGACGGUGAGAUAGAUGUAUUGGGAGAGGAGGAAGAUGAAGAGGCGAAUGGGAGAGAGGAAGACAGGAACGCCAGCGGGAGCCAGCAGUUUCUAGAGCAGCUGCACCAGUCCGGGCCACAGGGGGCGCGGCGGGUAGCGGGUGCGUUUCCCCAAAAGUGCACCCGGAGCGAAGGCCCGAGCGACUCUUUGGAGUUUGGUACCAAGUUCAGCCUAACUGCAGAAUCUGCGGCGGCCUCUCGUGAAGUCCCUCAGCCGGUGAAGCCCCCCUACUCUUAUAUCGCGCUCAUCACUAUGGCCAUCCUGCAGAGUCCGCACAAGCGCCUCACGCUCAGUGGCAUCUGCGCCUUCAUCAGCGGCCGCUUCCCCUAUUACCGCCGCAAGUUCCCGGCCUGGCAGAACAGCAUCCGCCACAACCUGUCGCUCAACGACUGCUUCGUGAAGAUCCCCCGCGAGCCGGGACACCCCGGCAAGGGCAACUAUUGGAGCCUGGACCCUGCUUCCCAGGACAUGUUCGACAACGGCAGCUUCCUUAGGCGCAGGAAGCGCUUCAAGCGGCACCACCCGCUGCCUGAAGCCCAGUUGCAUCAUCCUUUCCCCCUGCCCGCUGCGCCCACUGCCCUGAACGGCCCAUACCCAAGCUUGCUGCUCGGGCCCCCGGCGCAGCAGCAUCCUCUUCCUGGGACCUAUUUUUCAGCGGCUGCCGGAGGCCACGCUUGUACGCUGCUACACCCUCAUCCCCUUCGCUACAUACUACUCUCCACUCCUGCCUACGCUGAAGCGCUGGAGAAAGCGCAACUGGUAGACCUGGCAGUCCCGGGCGCCGUCCCAGUGCUGCAGCCUUCUCUGAGCCCCCUGCCUUGGGAGGAGAGCAAGGGACCAGCGUCCCCGCCGGGAGGCAGAUGCACAUCCUUCAGCAUCGAAAGCAUCAUGCAAGGGGUCAGGAGGGGCGCAACAGGGGCUGCGCAGAAUAUGCAGCCCGCGCCGACGCCGUGGAGCUACUGCCACCUGCUCCAGUACCCCUCAUGCCUGUUGCAUGCCCAGCCCAAUGCCCCCUUGCUUCAUGUUUCCGCUGCAGCUGCUGCUCGAACAAUUUUGCAGCAGCAGCAGCAGCAGCAGUACAUUCUGGGAAGUUCCCAAGCCAAAUCUUUGGGAGCUUGGGUUAUGCAGCUUCAGAUUCUAUAUUGGGCUCUGCAGCCUUUUCUGCAGGGUGAUUACCAAGGUAACCCAUAUCGGCCUUUAUCCUCAAACAGGGAAGAGCAAGUCGGGUCCGCGGGAAGAGCAAGUCGGGUCCGCGUUAGAGAAGGGAUGAGAACUGGGGGGCUCAUCAUCAGUCUUGGGGUUCCCCAUCACAAAGCCAAACUAAUCCGUGCCGGGAAUUGCCGGGAGUGGUAUUGCGGGACUGCCAGAAUCCUUCUCCAGAAUCUUGACCCUCGCUCCCCCUUCGCGCGGCGUACUGACUCCUUACGGUGUGAAAGGGUUGUGAUGUGCGCAAAGAAUUUGGGUGCACAGGCCCGGUGUAGGGGACCGCGAGGAUGCGGAGGAAUGGGGGGAACUAGGGGAAGAGUCAGCCAACAUUUGACCUUCAGAUCCGAAGGUCCACAUUUGCAGGAACGGAGUGGGGGUGGAGGAGCCUGCACAGGAGAAAAUUCUUCUGUGGAUCCUACAGAUUGGAGUCCCCCAAGCCUGGCCUAA